AAAGAAGAGCUGCUGCUAUUUGUGUUCUCAAAAGUCAGCCACAGGACCGGCAAUCGAAGGAGACGAGAGGAGAAGCCAACUCUCACUCGCUUCUUUCUCUGUCUGCGAUCGUUGCAGGGGGGAGACGAGAGGCAAUGGCCUCUGCCAUGAAAAUCGUAUUCGGACUCCUAGCUUUUGUCAGCGCUGGAAUGAUCGUAGGUGCUUUCUUUCAAUUAGCAUUUAUACUAAAGCUGGAAGACUCGUAUGGCACCAAGUUUCCAUCAUUUAAAAGAGUGCGAAAACUUCAAAGUGAUGCCUAUCUUCAGUUGCCGAGAGGGAUUUCUCAUUGGGAUAAUGACACAGAAGCGGCAGUUUUACGAAUUGGAUAUGUCAAACCUGAAAUUAUCAGCUGGUCACCGCGAAUUAUUGUACUCCAUGAUUUUUUGAGCUCAGAGGAAUGUGACUAUCUUAGAGCCCUAGCUAAACCUCGGCUUCGAAUUUCUACUGUGGUGGAUGUAAAAACAGGGAAGGGAAUAGAAAGCAAGGUAAGGACUAGUUCUGGAAUGUUUCUGAGCUCUGAAGAGAAAACGUAUCAAGUGGUACAGGCAAUUGAAAAAAGGAUUUCAGUCUAUUCUCAAGUGCCCAUUGAAAAUGGGGAGCUCAUCCAAGUUUUAAGGUAUGAAAAGAAUCAGUAUUACAAGCCCCAUCAUGACUACUUUUCUGAUACUUUUAACUUGAAGCGUGGUGGUCAGCGAAUAGCAACAAUGCUGAUGUACUUAAGUGACAAUGUUGAGGGGGGAGAAACAUAUUUCCCAAUGGCUGGUUCAGGUAAAUGCAGUUGUGGCGGAAAAGUUGUGGAUGGGUUAAGUGUAAAACCUAUCAAAGGAAAUGCAGUUCUUUUCUGGAGCAUGGGACUAGAUGGCCAGUCGGAUCCUAGCAGCAUACAUGGAGGAUGUGAGGUUCUGUCGGGGGUGAAGUGGUCAGCUACAAAAUGGAUGAGGCAAAGAGCUACUUUCUGAUUUUAUAGUUAACCCUAGCUUAGUAAAGGAAGGUCAAGGAGUUGCACCAGAAACGGAUAAAGGGGCAGGAUGUUGAGCAGCAAAAUUCAAACAGUACAAUUCUCACCUCUGCAGAAAGAAUAAGUUUUCAGACCCGCAGGCUCUUCCAUGCGCCCAGCUGAGAAAACAUCCAAUAAUACAACGGUGUUUUAUAUACUAUAUAUUAUUUUUAUCAUGCUCUACUACAUGUAAAACAGUUUAAAUAAGUUUAUUUCCAUUUGUGUACAUGUAGACCUAUUUAUCUGCAAACAUUUUAGAUCAUAUUAACAACAAUUUCUUCAAAAAACGAUGCAGCCUAACAAGCUUGAAGUCUAAGUUCCCCGAGAUCAAGGAAAAAUCGUGUCUUCAAUUCAGCAAGACUUUCCCAUGUGGGCACAGCAGGGGAGAGAUUUUGCCAAUAAACAAGAACCUCCUUUUCUCCCCCUAUCUUACGAGUUCCCAGAAUGGCUCGAGGGAUAGAGCGCGGUGCGGAUGUAGCUGGCGAUUCAGGCAGAGGAGGUGAGAUUUCCUCUUGAUUUCCAAUUCUCUUUCUUAGGAGAGAAACAUGGAAAACCAGAUGUAAUUUGGAUUCUGGGGGUAACUCAAAUUUAUAUGCAACUGUGCCAAUCUUUGGAAAGGAUUUUCCAUGGCAAAAACAAUUUGGGAGUGAGCUUGAGAUUUUUCUGGUGUCCAUGGAAAGCUGGCGAUAUGGGCGUUGUUUUAGGUAGACAAAUUCACCCACUUAGAAAUCCCUCUAUGUGUGCUUCUCAUCAUAAUAUUUCUUCAUCCUCUCC